AAGUGGAUUCAAGACUGUAUCAACAAUCAUACAAUAUGCAACCAGGAUGAUCUGUCAUAUCGCCCGACAAGAUUAUUGGAGAUUAUCGAUUCCAAACGGCUGAGACUUGUAGAGACUUCCACAAGCCCUACUGGGCCAUACGUCUCCUUCUCUCACUGUUGGGGCAACCAGGAGAUGCUUAUGCUGAAAGCCGAGAAUCUUGACCAGUUUCGCACCGAGAUUCUAGUGGAUGACCUCCCUAAAAAGUAUCAAGAAGCGAUUAACUUCUCUUCUCGUCUUAAUAUUUAUUUUAUAUGGAUCGACUCGCUCUGCAUUAUUCAGGAUGAUGGAGAAGACUGGCAACGCGAGGCUGUCACUAUGAAGAAAGUCUAUGGUUGUUCCUUACUCAAUAUAUGCUCCGCCGCAGCCACGGACGUUAACGGCGUAAGCUUUCGCGGAAGGGAUCCGGGUAUAAUGGAAGCUCUGUUCUUUACUUCAUCUUGGGAUGGUGAGGAGCAAAAAAGCGUCUACCUUGAGUACGACACGAUGUGGGACGAUAUCCUGAACUCUCCAUUAAGGAAGAGAGCAUGGGUCUUUCAAGAGUGGUACCUAUCUCCUCGAUCACUCAUCCUCGCCCAUAGCCAACUAUGGUGGCACUGUCGAAAAAGGGUAGCUUGCGAGCAACACCCGGAAAACCACUGGAAUGGAAGAUCUCUUGAAGGAAUGAAAGACAACAAACCAAAAGCAAAACCGUGGCUCUCAGGUGCCCAAAUCUGGGAGACGUAUGUCCGAGAGUACGUUGGGACCCGUCUAACCCAAGAGUCCGACCGGCUCAUUGCAUUUGCGGGAGUUGCUCAGGGAUUUGGCCAAUCUCAGAAAGAGAUACAUGAUCAGUAUGACCCAGAGAACAUUAGACCCGACCUGCUUGUUGAUGUAUCUUCCAAGAUAUUUGAUCAGUACCAUAUACAACCCCCCUUUCGACAGCCCCACCCUUUCGUCAAGCGAAAAAAAAAUAGCACCACCAAAAAUGGACAACUUCACUUAUAA